GUAGCACGAGAAUUGUCUGCAGAAGAACUGUCUCGUUAAAUGCUUCUCUGCUUUACCGUUAACUCUUUCGCAUUUGUGAAAGGCUUCAAGCAGCACAGGAACGAAACCUACACUACUUGAAGUGAAGACCUUGGCAUUCGAGUACGAGUUGGCGUAAACAGUCGCGUCUUGAAGUGCAUCGUGUAAAACAAAAAAAAAAAAAAUGUGGCCGUUUCACGCACAGUGUACCAGCAAAGCAAGACUCGUUGGCAAAACCGUAGUCAUAACUGGAGCAAACACAGGAAUCGGCAAAGAGACAGCCAGAGAUCUCUAUAGAAGAGGAGCAAGAGUAAUUUUGGCCUGUCGAAAUAUUCAAAAAGCAUACGAAGCAAUUGAAGAUAUAAAAAAAAAUCCUCCGUCAACAGCAAACGGAGAACAAUUUCAAGGCAAUUUCGGUGAGCUCGUGGUCUAUCAUUUAGAUCUUUGUAGUUUAACGAGCGUAAAAGAAUGUGCCAGGAACUUGUUAAAAAAGGAAUCAGCGAUACACGUGUUAAUAAACAACGCUGGCGUGAUGAUGUGCCCGCAGGAAAAAACUGAGGAUGGAUUAGACUUGCAGAUUCAAACGAAUCAUGUCGGUCACUUUCUUCUAACUCUCCUGCUGUUGCCAAAAAUACAAUCCUCUGGUCCUAAUUGUAGAAUAGUAAAUAUUUCGUCGUGUCUUCAUGUGUUUGGAGCCAUACAUAAGGAUCUAAAUUUAAUGGAAACAUAUACUCCCUUCAAAGCAUAUACACAAAGUAAACUAGCCAACAUAUUAUUCACCAAGGAACUUGCUCGUCGGUUAAAAGAGGCACAUAUUAACGGAAUAAACGUAUAUUCCUUGCAUCCUGGUGUUAUUACGACAGAAUUAGGUCGACAUUUUAGUUCAACAGUAUUUCGAGGGGCAAGUACUAUUUUUCGAUCGUUUUUCCGACCAUUUUUAAAGAAUCCUGAACAAGGCGCACAAACAACUAUAUAUUGUUCAGUAGACGAGAAAGUGGCUAACGAAACUGGUCUCUAUUAUAAAGAAUGCGGCGUUACAACUCCACAGUGGCGAGCACAAGAUAACCAAAUUGCCGAGGAUUUAUGGAAUCAAACUUGUCAACUUCUGAAGUUGGAACCUGAAAAAGACUUUAUUAGUUUUGUGAAAACUGUUUCUCAUCAAAUUUAUGAUAUAUAACUGCAUUUAAUUAUAUUUAACGUAUUUUAAAUUUAAAAUAGCUGUUAAAUUUAAACAGUGAUAUGUAAUAUAAUAUUAAAUAU